GUGUAGGUGGGGGGCACAAUAGAUUCCGUAUAAAUAUCGAUACUAGUUUCUAAAUUCAAUCAGUAACCGAAUUUGAUUUAACUGGGUCAAAUAUUCUGUCUAAAGGUGUAAUAAAAAUGAAAACUAUCGCUAUUAUUUUAGUGAGCGCAUUCGUGGCAUGUUUGUGCCCGGGAAACAGAGCUGACUGUGACGCAUUAUGGGGUGCUCCAUCUAAAGCAAUAGUUCCAAUCAAUACCUCAAUAUAUCUCGGUUGCGUCGAAUAUAAGUGUAUAGGAAAUAACACAUACAGUGCUCUUGGAUGUCCUUCAAUUCGUUGUCCCGAUGGAAUUGAACCACAUACAGUCCAUCCCUCAAAACCGUAUCCACUCUGUUGCCCGUCGGUAGCAGAUUGCAACAAGAUCAAUGCUACCGAAAAACAUUAAUUUUUUUUUUUUCAUUUAAUUUAUCUAUUUUUGUCUUAAAAAAUUCAAAGAAACUUUAAUAAAUUAUUUUUUUUUUUUUCUCAAUUACAAUACUGUCUCAGUUCUCAAUAAUGUUGAAAAUUUAUAACAAUUAGAUGUGAAAAUUUAUAAUUAAAUUAAAAAAUGUUAAUUUUGUAAAAACGACUUUCGA